GGCUAGCAGCGUAAUCACCUACCGGUGCAUGCGUCCACUGCCCCCGCUCCUGCUCCGCGUCCGCUUUUCGGUCCACCGCUCUCUCACACGUCCGCUCAAGCCUCAUCCCUCCACCCGCGGCGCCCGCCUCCGCUUCUAGAAGCUUCUAGAAGGGGGAGGUCGCCCAUGACCGUCUGAUCGGCCGUCGCCAUGGGAUGCGCUGGAUCCACCCCUAAAACCGAUGAUAACAGUAAGAAGCUGAAAAAACCAAAGGCUUGGAAGCACACCCAAGCAAUUACACCGGCACAACUCAAACAGAUGCGUGAUGAAUUUUGGGACACUGCUCCUCACUACGGUGGGCAGAAAGAGAUUUGGGAUGCACUUCGAGCUGCUGCAGAUGCUGAUCUGGAGCUUGCGCAAACCAUAGUGGACAGUGCGGGCAUCAUCGUAUCAAAUUCUGACAUGACACUUUGCUAUGAUGAAAGAGGUGCCAAAUAUGAACUACCGAAGUAUUUACUAAGCGAGCCGACAAAUUUGAUCCGGGAGGGUUAAACUCGUAGAAUAUAAAUGGAUCCAUGUAAAUUAUGUAAAUCACAUUUGUUAACUGGCAUCAAUCAUGACUUGCUUGUUCAAUAAAGUUACCAUUUGUACUUAA